UUGUGGAAAGUGAAACUUGAAUGUGUGCAAUCUUCACGUUGAGAUAUAAAAUGCAAUGUUAUGAUAAAUGUCAGGAACAUUUAGACGGAGUAGGGUGACAUUUUAUAUAAAUUAUGAUUUAUCUUUCUUCUUCCGGAUAUUCAUAUUCCUCUGUGUAUUAAAAUUUCAUUCAGUAUGACAUCAGUGAGGUACAGAGAAAGGAUUAUUUCACCACCUAGAUACCGUCGCCAAACAGUUGGCAUGGUGUACAGCCUGCAAAAUAGCCAGAGUGUGCCGAACUCUGCUAGACAUUCAACACCAAGACCAAGUUCUGCACUGGAUCGUAAAUGGGUUCACAGAUCUCAAGGGGACUUAACUCUUGAUAUGGAUUUGCAGUCUCAUCCAAGGCUUCAGUCAGAGUUCUAUCAGGAACUAUACCAAAAAUAUCCCCAUGCAUUUCGACGUCGUCUGCAAGCAAGAGAGACUGGCAGGAAACUAUUCAAUUCUCGUCUGCAUGUCAGAUUUAAAGACGAUGCAGACGUUUCUGACAAAAACAGUGUGUCUCCUGGGCAUCUGGGGAAUUUGCACUCCAAUACGCAUUUAACUAACUGGGAUCGAGAAGUUGGUCAUUAUAUGAAACACAAAUCGCGAUCACGGGAAUGUGUCACAUCUGUUGAGCCAUCUGAUUGCAGUGGCUCAGUUCUGUCAGUUACUCAAAGGUUAAAGUUGAAUUCACAAUCAUUGAAUAAACUGUUAAAUGAUGAUUUGCCAUUAAGAAAAAAUUGUAGCAGAGAUUAUGUGCAAUAUGACAGUGGUACGGAAAACGAACAAAGUUUGCAGGAUUAUAUGUUAGAGAAAAGCAAGGAACGAAGUCGACACAGAAAACAACAGCGAAGAAUAAUAAUUCAGCGAAAAAUUCAUAAAAGUGAAAGUGCUGACACUGAGGUUAAUAAAGAAAAUGAAACUAACUCUGGACGUUGGAUGAGUAAAUCGGUUUCACCAACACGACGGUUAUUCAAAUACAGUUUACCUCAUACAAACUCAAAACAUGAAACUCAUCAUGUUAAUGUUGAAUCGUUGAUGGCGGACUCUGAUUUGAAAAUCGACACACUGCUUGAAAAGAUUAGUGCAAAAAUGUCAGGCCCAGAGUCGCCACCUGAUAGUGCAAUUGAUGUUGAUACACCUUCUGUGCAAUCACUUGUGGCUUCAGAUCCCAAGGGAGUUAACUCUGUAAAACCUGACACAGAUUUGCCUGUCUUGAAUGGAGAACAGACUUGUUCUUUUGAAAGUCCAAAUGAAGAAAUGGAGUCCAGUCCUGGAAGUAGUGCCAGUGCUUAUGUUUCAAAAAAUAGUGCCAAAAUUUCCUCAAAUGAUAUUAUGCAAAAUAAGGUCAGUAGUGAUACUUUGCAAUGUUGUGGUGAAAAUGAAAAUAAAGAUUCCUUGAAUAUUGAAGUGCAUACUGCACAAAACAUUUGCAAGGAAGAAGACGAAAUUAAUAGAAUUGUAGAAAAAUACGCAAGUUCAGAAAACUUGAAUCAAAAUACGGGUGCUGGGUUAUUGCAAUUAUAUACUGCGGAAAUGGGUUAUGACAGCUUUGGAAGUAAAGAAACUACUGUUGAAGCCAGUGAAAAUGUAGAUAGUAAGUGUGAAAGAAAGGAUAAGGAUGAUAUUGAUACCAAAGAUGAUAUUGAAAAGAAUGUGUCUAAUGAAUACACUACCUCAUUGGAAGAUGAUAUUCCAGAAUCAGUAACUGCUGUUUGUAAUGAAGAAGAGAAAGAUGCAACAAAAUCAGAGAUUGAUGAAGAGUGUGACAAUUCUACAGCUGAAGGUGAUAUCAGACAAGGAACUUACAUUAUAGAAGGUCCAACAAAUCCUGAGUUUAUGGAAAAUGUGGAUUACCAUGCUGAUGAUGAACAUGAGGCUGAUGUAGUCCUGCCAAAAGUAGUGCAGAGUAACAGUGCAAUGUCCAAACGGAUUACUACUCAUAGAGAGUCAGAUGUGGAUUCUGGGAUAGGUUACAGCAGUACAGGAACAGACACAUUACCUCCUCGAGGGAGAUCUUUGGAAAGGGAGACAACCAAGAAGCAUCAGCCAGUCAGGGCAGAUCAUAAUUUUCUCCCUUUAAGAUCUGAGAUUGAUGUUGAUAUUCUUGAUGAGGUCAACUUGGUGCAUUUAUCACAUGACCUCCUGAAGUCAGAUGACCUUAGAGGCAGGAGAGGUAACUCUACCAGAGAAGAAAGGGAUGACACUGAUAUACGUCUUGGUGUCAUAAAACCCUCUGAAAAGGAUAGAAAAAUUGCAGAAAAGUAUCGAAGAGCUAGAUCGCCAUCACCAUAUAUUUUGUGCAAUCGUCAAUCACCAGCAGGAUUUAGGCCAAAGAGUGCACCUUUGUUUGCGCAAAGUGAAAUGGAUUUACGAGUGGUAGACAUCUCUUUCUCUGAAAAUUCAACAGGAAAGACUUUAGAAGGACAGAAAGCAGCUGUUCAUGAAAAGUCCAAAUCCCACACAAACUCAAAUGAUACAUCAAAAACUAAUUCUUGCCAAAAUACAGAUAUUAUUUCAAAGUAUUCAUCCUUGCCAAAUUUAACUGGCAGUCAAUCAAAACAUUCCAAAAUUCAGCCUUCAAAUAACAUGUCUUCCAGACUGGUCAAACAACGAAAAUGUUCAUUUUCAUCGAUCUCAUCCAAAGGCAGUUCUAUAUCACUGUUAAGUGAGAAUGAAGCAGACGCAAUGCCUCAUAUCUGCAAUGUGAGUUAUGACGGUGCCAUUGAAGAUUUUGCAGUUUCUCCAGAAGGUGCUAUUGAAGAGGAUUACGCAAAGGAAAUUGAUGAAGAAAGGUUUAGUGAAAUUGAACUUGAUUCUGGGACAAAUAUAGAAAACUUAGCAGAAAACAGACCAAGUGAACUUGCGAAAAUGAUAAAGGGCAUGUACCAGCCUGCAGUGACUUCACCAAGAGCGAAAGAAAAAAGAUUAAAAAUUAGAAAUGUAUUGAAAAAUAAGAAAGGAAGUUUUAACCCACCCGAGGAUAGCAAAAAACCAGCAGAUGAAAAGAAUAUUUUGAACAGAAUUUACGCAAAAUCACGUGUUGCAACAGGAGGUUAUGAAAGUGUUGAAAAGAAAUCUGAUGAUAGUGCUUCAAACUCUGGUACAAAGUCUUCUACUGAAGUGUCUAAACCAGAUGUAAAUGAUAAAACAAGUUUUGACAAAAAUGGCAUUGAAAAUACUGUGGGUAGGAGGACCCCAAACGAGUCAGCUACAUCAGUUGAUAAAGACACAGAAAGUGUUGAUAAAUUCAUAUCAGGUGCUAGUUGCAACACUGUCACAGCCAGACCAGUGAUUCUAGACAAUGGGAGUAAAGAACCUGAAAGUGUUAAAACUGAUGACCCUGGUGUAAAUGGGAAUGAAAACCUGACAGUUACAGGUAGUACAAUAAAUGUGCAAGUCGAAAUGGCAAUUUCCCCCGAGAAAGCCCAGCCUCCGAAAAAGCCUGUUAGAAAUAAAAACAAAAAUAAAAAUUUAAAUGUGCUAGCAGAUCAACUAAACUUUUCAAAAUACAAAAUUAAGGUGGAUGAUGGACAGUCAGCUGCAGUGGAUACUAAUUUGGAUACAGGAAAGCAAACUGACCUAUCAGGUGAAAAUAAAAGGUCACAUGAUUCACCAUUGCAAAAGAAUAAAGAUCAUGGUUCAACAGGCCCAAAGAUUGGUCAGUCACAGUUAGGUAAAGGUGCAUCUGUGGACAGUGAAAUAGAAGUAUGGCAACCACUUCAAAGUAAUCCUGAAGUUAAUGAAAAUGCAGCUGGAAAGAAGAGGGGAAGUAAAGGGAAAUUUAGUUUUUUCAAGAAAGCUCUGAGUAUGGAUAGAGGAAUUGAAAAAGUUGGCAUGGAUCCAAAUCCCACAAGUCAAAGUUCACAAGGUUCAAAGGACAACCACUCUAGUUUCCCAAAAGUCAAGAAAGCACCAUCACUGAAGUCAUUUACCUCCCUUUUUAGUAGAAAAAAGAAAAAGAAAGGACAGUUUGUAAUAGAAGAUGUAGAAAAUGCUGGCAAGAAAGGGUCUUCCCUCAGUAGAAGUGAACAGAAACAUGCACUUUCAAAUGGCAAACAUCAGCAUUGGGCAUCCUGUCAUUCCCUUGAAACAAUGGAAUCAUCCAAUCACCAUCAGCCAGUCAGAAAGCAGAGUAGAGAGACUGUUUCAUUACAACAAGAAAUUCAGCCAAUGGGGAAGCUCCUUAAGGUUAACCCUGAUGGAACACAAAUUAUUCAGUUGGUUAAGCCAGAGAAUGGACCGAUAGGAUUCUUUAUUGCAAAUGGCAGUGGAAAAUAUGGAAAUGGUAUAUUUGUGUCAAGAUUUGUUGAAAAGAGACCUGAGCAAUGUUUUGCUGGGUUGUUAGGCGUAGGGGACGAGAUUCUAGAAGUUAACGGCCAUCUUGUGCGCGACCUUUCCCAGGAUGCCGUGUAUAACCUGAUUAGUGCUAGUGCAGUUGUACUUGUGAAAGUCUUCCCUUUCAUUGCAAGAAAAGAUGUGUGAAUUCUUGUUCUUGUACAGUGCAGUUCAGCUCGUGAAAGUAGACCCUGAAUAGAGUGUAGAAAGAAGUAUGAAUAUUGAUGUGGGAACACAGUGAAGUUUUAAAAGUACUCAACUUAGUUCUAUUUACCAAGGAAUGAUAGGACUAGCACUCUUAAUUAAGUGUCUAAUCGAGAUGUACUUCAACAAGUAUUUUUUUAUAAAGAGCAAGAAAAGUUUAUUCAGUGACAUCAAUUUAAGCCAGUCAGGGCCUGUAUUCAUCGGCGUUUGAAGUGUGAGACUUAGAUUAAAGAAUGGAAUAUAUUCAAUUUGCCAUAAAUACACAUGAAUGAAAUUUGGCUGAGCUGUUUGUGGCUGCAGAUUCCACUUUCAAAGUUCCAUCACACUCUGAAAUAACUGUGACAGAGCAAAAAGAAAAUUUAACAUUUUAAAAUCUAAGUUUUACACUUAAAACUUUGGUGUAUACUGGUCCAGUUUUAUUGGGUUAAGACCAAGUUUGAUUUGACUGAGGUUUUCCAGUAAUGUCUUACAAAUUUUUAUGCUUUUGUUUAUAAUUUUACAGAUUGAGAGAAUUUUUUUUCUAAAGUUUAAGUAAGUUUUACCUGUUAUCUGGAAUUUGUUUGCCCAAAAUGAAUAAAGUGUUUACUCAUAGACAAUUAAUGAAAUUUAAGCACUGCAAAAUUAUGAUUUGAUGUAGAAUAUUACCUAACUUCCUGCUGUGAGUACCUUCCCUAAGGGUACAUGAAUCACUGAUGUCACAAAUCUCACAUGAUGAUGAAAAUCUCAUGACCCCAAAAAUUCAAAUAUUGAUGACUUCUUUAAAACUUAUUUCUUCAUGAUAUUGCAAACAUUAGCCAAGCUUAUUUCUUUGUAAAAUAUUUGAAACAAUUCCAUUAACUAAAAUCUAACAUUAUAUGGUGGCAAUUCAUUUCAUCAAAAUUUGCUAGACUGGUAGAGUUCUUGUUUAACUUUAAGGGGUGACCACUGCAUGGAAGUUUGGAACAUUACAAGAAUAUCUUAUUUAGUCAUGUUUAAUGUCAUGAACAAGUAUUACCAACAAUGUUGAAAGUUUUAAAUAUUUAUAAAUAUUUAUUGUAACAUUCAAGAUUUGAAAUAUAUCCAGACAAUGUUAUGGUAAAAAGUUUAGAUAUUUAUAUAUAAAUAUAUUUAUUGUAACAUUCAAGAUUUGAAAUGAACAUCUGUUUACCUGUUUAUUCAGAUAUGAAGUCACUAACAAAUAUCCAGACAUAGUUGAAAGUUUCAAAUAUUUGCCAAUACUUGUUACAAAUUUUAGGAUACAUAUGAAAAAAAUAUUAUAGACAUCACAAAAUAUCCUUAGGGUUUCAGGUAUAUGUUACAUCAUUGUGAAUGUCAAAUGAUUGUACAAAUGUGAUAUCAUUUGAAUAAGUAAUCUUUAAAAUUGUCUAAAUGACUUGCAGAUAAAUACAACAUAGUUAUCGCAACAUGAAAUGUUAUUGAGCCGCACCGUGAGAAACCCAACAUAGUGCAUUUGCGACCAGCAUGGAUCCAGACCAGCCUAUUGCAGUUAGAGAAACCGUUAGCGAACAGCAUGGAUCCUGACAAGACUGCGCGGAUGCGCAGACUGGUCUGGAUCCAUGCUGGUCGCAAAUGCACUAUGUUGAUUUUCUCAUGGUGCAGCUCAAAAUGUUAUAUAUAUUCAUUACUGAUGCCAUAUAAAUGUUUCAGACAUUCUUGAAUGUCCUAAAGACGUGCAGAUAUAUAUUGCAACAUUCUGUUUUAUCUUGUUCUGUACUUUAAAUGUUGUACUUUAAUUAACAUUCCAUUACAAAUACCUAUGCAUAUUAUCUUGUAAAUAACAUUCUGUGAUAUUCAGACAUAAUAUUGAAAAUUUCUUUGUAUGUAAUAUUUUCAGUUUUACAUAUCUUAUUUAGUCCUUGUCAAAGAAACAUGACUCCAGAAUGAUAUACCUUACAAUAUACCAGUACAUCAGAAUUGUAAUAAAUAGCAAUGCCUUAAAGGUACUGGUUCACACAUUUCUAGCCAAAAGCAUUUUGUCAUAGAAAUCAGUAACAGAUGGAUACUGUGAAAUUGGCCAGUGGUACAAACUUUUUGUCAUGUGAUUUUUUGCAAGAUAUCAAUUAUUGUUCAGAAGAGAAUAAAUCGUUGUAGCAAUGCCUUUGACAUAAUUAAGAAGAUCAACACUUUUCCAAUUUCUUUACCAAUUGCAAACACUUGCUUUCAUUCACUCUUGCAUUUUUAGCUCAACUAUUCGGAGAAUAGGGGAGCUAUCCUACUCGCCCCAGCAUCGGCAUGAGCGUUAGCGUGAGCAUCACACAAAUGUUAAAGUUUGCGUACCACCCCAAAUAUUUUCAAAGUCCAUUGAGAUAUUGCUUUGAUAUUUUAUAUACUUGUUUACCAUCAUGACCUCAGUCUGUAAAAAGGAGGAGGCAACUCUACCAGGCAUUUUGACUGAAUUAUGGCCUUUUUUUGACUUAGAAUAUGCUUAUUGUAAUGUUAAAGUUUUACUCAUAGUUUAUAUUAUACUAUCAAGCACUGAGAAUAGUCGAGCACGCUGUCCACUGACAGCUCUUGUUGAUGAAAAUGCUUUCGGAAAGAUUGACACUGGAGGCAUGCCGCUUAUAAAGUGUAUAAUUUAUCCUCAUUUAGAUUUUAUUAUCUAUUGUUUAGUAGUUACAUUGAAAUAGAAAGUGUAAAUUUAUUAUGAUAUUACUUUCUUCUUUUGCAUUGUUAAGUCUGAUAAAUUAUGCAGUGUAUACACACAGUUCGAGUAAUGGUGUAGAUUAACAUUUUCACACCUAUAUAAUUUUUUUACGAUAUGUACCCGUAAUGACCCUCAGCAAUUUUCAUGUGAUAACGUAAAAUCGUUUAGGCCAUUCUGCAUUCUUCACAUGUAAAUAUAGCUCAACACACACAUAUAAAUGGAGCAUAUGUAAUUUGCUUAUAGUCUUUACAGGUCCGCUACCUUAAUUUUAGGCCCAGAUUGAUAUUCCCUUUCAUUUUCAAUUACUCAGUUUUUGUGAUGUAGUUUCAUUAUUUCAUAAUACCAAAAGGUUUCUGUGAGAAUGACCAGUACCUUAGGUAUUUUGACAGAUUAAUGUUAGCCACUUCAGGACAUUAGAUUGUAGAGCAUGACUUUUUAGGAUAUUUUUACACACAUCAUGUUCUUGCAAUAAUUCAUCAGAGAUCUGUUAGUCAAUGUUAUUUUUUUUUUUAUUUUUAAAGAAUGAAUACAAAUAUAUUGAAAUCCCACUGUUUCCUUUUCUUCCUACAAAUUGAUAAGGACUUGAAACAUGAUUAUUGACUUCCCACAGUAAUGUUCAUGAGGUAACAACAGGAAAAAGAGAUAUAACAUCAUUGGUAUGUUAUAAGGUAAUUUUAGGCUUUUGUUGAAGUUAGUAUAUAAGCCGUGCCACGAAAAAACCAACAUAGUGGGUUUGCGACCAGCAUGGAUCCAGAUCAGCCU